UAAAAAAAGGAAACUGAAACUAUGUGUGAUUCACAAUCACAAUGUCUCUUUACCGACACCAAACCAAAAAAAUAAUCAAACAAACUCUUCCAUUCAUUCAUUCUUCUUUCUUCUUUCUUCUUCUUCUUCUUCUUCUUCUUCUUCUCUUUCUCAUACUGAUUUCUUGUUUGGAAGCAAACCCCAUCUCCAGAAAUGGGUAAAACCGGAGCCAAAUUGCCAAGUUUCUGCCUGAACCGGAUACGGCCUCAUGUUAGAGUCCCUAUUCAAUCCAAACCGGACUAUGUUUCGGCAAAAACCGGUCCGAACAAGAAGAUUGAUGAUUGUUCGGAUGAGAAGAAUGAUCAUAUUGGGGUUGAUCAAAGUAAUAAGGGAGUGAUGGGAAUUGGAAGGAAGAUCAUGAUUGUUGUUGAUUCCACCAUUGAAGCAGAAGGAGCUCUUCAUUGGGCUCUCUCUCAUACUGUCCAAAUUCAAGACAACAUUCUUCUUCUCCAUGUCACUAAACCUUCAUCUAAAGGUCCAAAUUCACCCACAUUUUCUCUCUCUCUUUUUCUUUUUCAUAUCCUUGUUUUAAAUUUUUGUUUGAAAUGUGGUGAAUCUGUUGUCGAUUCUGUUUCUUAUUUACUUACUAUAGGGGAAGGACCCAAUAAGGAGACAGCACCAAGAGCUUAUGAAUUGGUUCAUUCAAUGAGGACUUUAUGCCAAUUGAAGAGACCUGAGGUGGAAACGGAGGUUGUAGUAGUGGAAGGAGGGAAGGAGAAGGGGGCAGUGAUAGUGGAAGAAGCGAGAAAGAGAGGGGUGUCGUUGUUGGUAUUGGGGCAGAAGAAACGGUCGACUACAUGGCGGCUUUUGAUGGUGUGGGCAGGGCAGCGGUGGGGCGGUGGCAGCAGUGGAGGCGUGGUGGAGUAUUGUAUACAGAAUGCGAGUUGUAUGGCGAUUGCAGUGAGAAGGAAGAGCAAGAAAUUGGGUGGUUAUUUGAUCACUACAAAGCGUCAAAAGGAUUUCUGGCUUUUGGCUUAAAACCGAUUUUUGGUUUUGGUUCUAAACAAAUUGAAUUUGUGGUUUUGAUUGAAUGUGAGAUCUCUCUGUUUUCAGAGAUGAGAUGAUGUAAAUAAUGUAAUUGAAAUAUUGGAGAGAAUUGUGAAUUGUGAUUUAGAUGGGGAAACUUCACUAUCAACACUUUGGGUCUAAUUUCUAAUUUCUCAAUGGAUUAAUUUGGUUGGGUCUUUAAUUUU